AUGGCGAGGCCUUUCAGACAUCCGUUUCAGGAGUUUCAGUUCGACAUAUUCGACUGGUACCCUAAAUACCAGUCAUGUCUCCAUCACUUUGUCACCCAAGGGCAGCAUAGUGUCUCGGUGCAAGCCCUGGCAGCCCUGCUAAACAUCAGGCUCCCUUUUCAGAGAGCAGUAGGCAUCGCCCGGGGCUCUGCGCCCGAACAUAUGGACAGCAACAUCAGCCCAGACGGCGCGCCCGGGCACGCUGCCGUCGGCUCCGUGUCGCUCGUCCCGUACGUCCGCCGGCUCGUCGCCACGGGCUUCGACACGCCGACCAUCCUCCACGGUUUUUUCGGCGACGACUGGACCGCGGGGCUUGGGCCGAUUCACGAGGAGGAGCGGCGAAACUAUCUCUUCGCAGCCAAGAGCGACACAUGGCUUACGGUCAAGGCCGCAUACGACAUGGAGGAUGGGCAGACGGUCCCCUUCUUGCGCCCGCUGCAGGGCGUCACGAACAAGGAGAUCGUCAACGCCGAGAGCAAGUGGAGCGAGUGGCUCGCCAUGCAGGACUGGAUGCUCGGUCCCCGCGCGCCCCCCGGUGUUAGCGACAACCAAGGGGGGACUGGAGCGGCCGCCGACUGA